GCCUUAUGGUAACCUGGACACUAAAGUGAUGAGUGACCUUUGCAGCAAUGCGAAUCUCAUGUGUCAACGUCAAUGCGCAACACGUAGAAGAGUCUGAGUACUUUGUUUGUAAAAUUGGGAUGCACGUGCUUUAAGUUGCAGCCAAUAUGGUUUCACACGCUUGGCAAGAUUUCGGCCAAAAGGUCGACCUAACAGCGCGCAUCCGUGAAAUCCUUCUCAACUAUCCCGAGGGGACGUCCAUCCUUAAGGAGCUAGUCCAGAAUGCCGACGACGCCCGGGCCACAUGCAUCAAGUUCUGCCUGGAUUGCCGGCAGCACCCCACGGGCUCCCUGCUGGCGCCCUCGCUGGCCCCCUUCCAGGGCCCCGCGCUGCUUGCCUUCAACGACGGCGUGUUCAGCGAGCGGGACCUGCAGUCUAUCAGCCGCAUCGGGGACAGCAAGAAGAAGGAGGAGCAGGGCAAGACGGGGCGGUUCGGCGUGGGCUUCAACUCCUGCUACCACCUGACGGACGUGCCCAGCUUCGUGUCGGGUCGGCACCUGGUCAUUUUCGACCCGCACUGCAAGUACCUUCCCAACAUCUCCUCUACCAACCCAGGGAAGCGCAUCGACUUUGUGCAGUACGGCGAUGUGGCAGCGCAGUUCGCGGAUCAGGUGGCGCC